AUGUGGAUGAUGGGUUACAAUGAAGGAGGUGCAGAUUCCUUCAACGGAGGAAGAAAGCUUCGUCCUCUUAUCCCACGCCUCUCCUCUUGCCCUACCCUCGCCGCAAACACCAACUCCGACCACCGCUUUAACAUGGUGAUGACGACAAUGACAGCAGAGCAGAACAAGAGGGAGCUGAUGAUGCUAAACUCAGAGACUCAACAUUCACCGGUAAUGGUUAACUCACGGUGGAAUCCAACACCGGAUCAGUUAAAGGCUCUUGAAGAGCUUUACCAACAAGGAACUAGAACUCCUUCGGCCGACCAUAUCCAACAUAUCACCGCGCAGCUACGACGGUACGGUAAGAUCGAAGGCAAAAACGUUUUCUAUUGGUUCCAAAACCACAAAGCCCGUGAACGCCAAAAAAGGCGAAGGCAGAUGGAAAAUAGCCACGACGAAUCAGUCUUCACGACCACAAAUCUUGUCUCAAACCACGGGUUCGACAAGAAAUAUCCACCAGGUUACAAGGUUGAACAGACCAAGAACUGGAUAUGUUCGAUCGGAUGCGACACACAACCAGAGAAACCUCAUGACCAUCAUCAUCAGGAGCAGCCUGUCUCAAUAGCAACGAAGCACAAUGGUCGUCGCCUAGAAGACAAGAGACAAAGCUUUUCUGGAAGAAAUGCCAUGUGGCCGAUGAUGCAGCUGACACAUGGACAUUGUCCUUCUUCACAACAACAACAUCAUCAAAUCAUUCUCAAUUCCACUGCUGUUUCGUCUAACUUGUGCACUAGCAACAGUACUGUUUCUGCUGCUAAAGAUACGGUCUCAGUUUCACCUUUAUUUAUGAGGACAAGAGCAGCAACUAACACAGAAACUUGUGAUAUUAAAGACAAAGAACAACAUGAAGAUUGCUUUGACGGUGAAUUGGAUAAUCAAGAACAGACACUAGAGUUGUUUCCAUUGAGAAAAGAAGGGUUUUGUAGCAAUGGUGACGAUGGUGGGAAAGAGAAAGAGAGUGGCAUUCACUGUUUCUAUGAGUUUCUUCCAUUGAAGAAGUAAUCCUACUAAGACUUUUCAAGAGCAACAUGUUUUUGUGUUAUUAGAUAACUAGAUUAAUUAAUCAAAGAAGUUGUAGUGAGGAAAAU